UCCUGUCUCUUACGGGAACUUACCAUUUGGAUUGUCUCCUUCCUAAACUGGCCAGUCUUACACAGUUCAGACCAUUAGUUAUUUUUCCUGCUCUCCAAUUUUUUCCUAUUAUUCUUUGGUUUUCAAGUAUUUAAAGCUGAGGAUAUUGGUCUCUGAGAUAUUGCCUGGUUAGGGUUCGGCAUCAUGCCCAAAUUUGUUGGGCCUCUCAGGGCCUGAGUUCUCUGUGCUUUAACAAAUGAGCUACAGUUCUCUAGAGAUCAGUGAAGCUUGUUUGUUGAUCCUGUAUUCUCUUCCAGAGGAAGUAGAUCUUUGAGAAUGUCUAAGGAAGGGGUGUUUGUGAACCGAAGUUUAGCCAUGGAAAAAAUAAAGUGUUUUGGUUUUGAUAUGGAUUAUACACUUGCUGUGUACAAGUCCCCGGAGUAUGAGUCCCUUGGCUUUGAGCUUACUGUGGAGAGAUUAGUUUCUAUUGGCUAUCCUCAGGAGCUGCUCAGCUUUGCAUAUGAUUCUACAUUCCCUACCAGGGGACUUGUCUUUGAUACACUCUACGGAAAUCUUUUGAAAGUUGAUGCCUAUGGAAACCUCUUGGUUUGUGCACAUGGAUUUAACUUCAUAAGGGGACCAGAAACUAGAGAGCAGUAUCCAAAUAAAUUUAUUCAACGAGAUGACACUGAAAGAUUUUACAUUCUGAACACACUAUUCAACCUACCAGAGACCUACCUGUUGGCCUGCCUAGUAGAUUUUUUUACUAAUUGUUCCAGAUAUACCAGCUGUGAAACCGGAUUUAAAGAUGGGGACCUCUUCAUGUCUUACCGGAGUAUGUUCCAGGAUGUAAGAGAUGCGGUUGACUGGGUUCAUUACAAGGGUUCCCUUAAGGAAAAGACAGUUGAAAAUCUUGAGAAGUAUGUAGUCAAAGAUGGAAAACUGCCUUUGCUUCUAAGCCGGAUGAAGGAAGUAGGGAAAGUAUUUCUUGCCACCAACAGUGACUAUAAAUACACAGAUAAAAUUAUGACUUACCUGUUUGAUUUCCCACAUGGCCCCAAGCCUGGGAGCUCCCACCGACCAUGGCAGUCCUACUUUGACCUCAUCUUGGUGGACGCACGGAAACCACUCUUUUUUGGAGAAGGCACAGUACUGCGUCAGGUGGAUACUAAAACUGGCAAGCUGAAGAUUGGUACCUACACGGGCCCCUUGCAGCAUGGCAUUGUCUACUCUGGGGGUUCAUCUGAUACAAUCUGUGAUCUGUUGGGAGCCAAGGGCAAAGACAUUUUAUAUAUUGGAGAUCACAUUUUUGGGGACAUUUUAAAAUCAAAGAAACGGCAAGGGUGGCGAACUUUUUUGGUGAUUCCUGAACUUGCACAGGAGCUGCAUGUCUGGACUGAUAAGAGUUCACUUUUCGAAGAGCUUCAGAGCCUGGAUAUUUUCUUGGCUGAACUCUACAAGCACCUUGACAGCAGCAGCAAUGAGCGCCCAGACAUUAGCUCCAUCCAGAGACGUAUUAAGAAAGUAACUCAUGACAUGGACAUGUGCUACGGGAUGAUGGGAAGCCUGUUUCGCAGUGGCUCCCGGCAGACCCUCUUUGCCAGUCAGGUGAUGCGCUAUGCUGAUCUCUAUGCAGCAUCGUUCAUUAAUCUGCUGUAUUACCCGUUCAGCUACCUCUUCAGAGCUGCCCACGUCUUGAUGCCUCAUGAGUCAACAGUGGAACACACACAUGUAGAUAUCAAUGAGAUGGAGUCACCUCUUGCAACCCGGAACCGUACAUCAGUGGAUUUCAAAGAUACCGACUACAAACGUCACCAGUUGACACGGUCGAUUAGUGAGAUUAAGCCCCCUAACCUCUUUCCACUGGCCCCCCAGGAAAUUACACACUGCCAUGAUGAAGAUGAUGAUGAAGAGGAAGAGGAGGAAGAGGAAGAAUGAGGAGGAAAAGCAAAACUCUGAGCACCCAUUAAACAAGUUCUGGCAGGACUCCCAGGAGUAAAGGAUGUCCCUGUGGGGGGUGGGGGGCUCCAUCAAAGGUACAUCCGGAAAGUUUCUGAAGACUUUACAAUACUCUAAUCGUAGGGGGUCCUUGUUUUAGUUUUGUGUGUCUGCACUCUUCGCAGAUGGUUCAGAAUUGUAAUGGAGUCUGUACUGGAGGAAAGUAAGGGUAAAGCUGGGCUGAACUGCAUGCAGCUGGCUCCAUCGUGGCUUGUGACACUGUUGCCUUGUCUUGUUUCAUCAUCAGUUUGUCAUAGUGUAUCCAGGUACACUAAGGGUGGUGAAGGGUCUCAGAGUGGAGCAAGGAAGACAAUGGGAAGAGGUGAUCCAAAAAUGUUGUUAUGGUACAAAUUGUGCUCUUAUUCCAAAAUCCAUCUUUUUCAGUGCAUUGCAUAAGUAUUGUAUAUCAGUGGAGAAAUAUAUUAUUUCCAUUAUCAAAUGUAGUCUUCUGUUAAGGUCAAGGUUCCUUUACAAGCUUUUGUAAGUGUCCUCAGUGACUCCAGUAAGGCUGCUGUCAGUGGCUUAGCAGAUGUGUUCUCUACUUGCUGUAGGUAGGGCUGGUCUGGAAUGGACUGCAGCAAUUUCAUUUUGAGGCAGAAGUCUUCAUCCACUUCGACAUGUUUUUGAUUGACAGCAAAAAUGUUUAUUAUCCAAAAACACAGUCUUUUUCUCAUCUGGGCUAAAUCUAUAGAAAGAAUUCAGCUGAAAGAGGACAAAGGAUCAAGCCACCUGAAAAGAAGAGAACCUCCUUCUUAUAUUACACCAUAACGGAGUAAAAUUCAUUAGUGUGGGCCAUAUAGUGUGGCUCAUGCCACCCCAUUCCAGCCUUCUGUAUCCUCUUGCUGUAUUUCAAAUUCAAGCAUAAGAGGGUGGGAAGAGGGCUCUGUAAGCCAGAACCUUUACAAAAAACAGGGCACAAUCAACGUGGAUAAAUUCACUUCAGAAUCCCAAGUGAAAUCACUUCUUGUUGUUCAGAACAAGAAUGGAUCAUCACUGUAUACUUUAAGGUGGUAUAACUGCCUCACCGGAACAGUGAAAGUUGUUACAACAUUUUUCACAGUGGUGUAGACUCUUACUUUAACCUUCAUAUGUUUCUUCCAUUCUUCCUGUCAUUUGUCAACACGGGAGGGUAGAUUAGCUGCUCUAGAAGUCAAUAAAGUAUAAUAUUUCUAA